AUGGCCUUUCAAAAAAGAUCACACUUAUUUCUUGUACUUUCCACUCUAUUUUACCUCUCCAAUUUGUUGUGUGUUUUGUCUCAAAAUUUUCCUAGCUACGCUUGUGAUAUUGAUGCUAACCCGAGGCUAAAAGAAUUCGCGUUUUGUAAUACUUCACUCGAUAUACCAACCAGGGUUAAUGAUUUGUUAAAACGGAUGACAUUAGAAGAAAAGGCGGGGAGUAUAGUGAGUGUAUCGGAUAGAAUUGAACGCCUUGGGAUACCGUCCUAUGGCUGGUGGUCGGAGGCUUUGCAUGGCGUGUCCGACACUGGUCCUGCUACUUGGUUUAAUCAAAGUAUAGUCCCUGGAGCCACUAGCUACCCUCAAGUUAUCCUCACUGCAGCUUCAUUCAAUGAAACAUUAUUCUCUAAUAUUGCAAAGGUGGUUUCUGAUGAAGCUAGAGCAAUGUACAACAGUGGUGUAGCAGGACUAACAUUUUGGUCACCAAAUGUUAACAUUUUUCGAGAUCCAAGAUGGGGAAGAGGGCAAGAAACACCAGGAGAGGAUCCACUUUUAACAAGCAGAUAUGGAGUAGCUUAUGUUAAAGGCUUACAAGAAAUUCACAAUGGUGGUAAAGAUAGACUCAAAGUCGGAGCUUGUUGUAAACAUUACACAGCCUAUGAUCUUGAUAACUGGAAUGGUGUUGACCGGUUCCAUUUCGAUGCUAUUGUAACAAAACAAGAUUUGGAGGAUACAUAUAACCCUCCUUUUAAAAGCUGUGUUUUGGAUGGAAAUGUUGCAAGUAUUAUGUGUUCUUACAACAAACUUAACGGCGUACCAACUUGUGUCGAUAAGAAGCUUUUAAAAGAUACAGUUCGUGAUCAAUGGAAGUUAAACGGAUACAUUAGCUCUGAUUGUGAUUCGUUACAAGUCAUAUUCAGAGACCAAAACUGGACUAAAACACCAGAGGAAGUUGCAGCUCAUGCCUUACAUGCAGGGCUGGAUCUAAAUUGUGGAGUUUCAUAUAAGAACUUCACAGCAAAUGCAGUAAGAAAAGGACUCGUGAAUGAAUCAGUAGUUGAUCAGGCAGUAAGGAAUAGUUUUGUGACACUUAUGAGGUUAGGAUUUUUUGAUGGUCACCCGAGCAAGCAAAUAUAUGGGAAGUUAGGCAAGAAAGAUAUUUGCACUCAGGCUAACCAAGACCUAGCCCGUGAAGCUGCAAGACAAGGCAUUGUUUUGCUUAAAAACAAUUUGGGAUCGUUACCACUCGUUCCAACUGACGUCAAGUCUUUAGCAGUAAUCGGGCCUAAUGCUAAUGCUACAAUAGCCAUGAUUGGUAACUACGCAGGUGUUCCGUGUAAUUACACAACUCCUCUAAAAGGGUUAUCCGAUUCUGUUGCAACUGUGUUUGAGCCAGGUUGCACGGAUGUGAAGUGUAAUUCGACCUAUGAAUUUGAAAAGGCUAAGAAUGUCUCGGCAACAGCUGAUGCAGUGGUUUUAGUCAUGGGAACUGAUCUUUCUGUAGAGCGUGAGGCGUUAGAUAGGACUGAAAUAGAUCUUCCCGGUCAGCAAAAUCUUCUUGUUUCUGAGGUCGCAUAUGCAGCUAAAGGACCUGUGAUUUUAGUUAUAAUGUCUGGUGGCCCAAUGGAUAUUACAUUCGCGAAACGUAACCCAAAAAUCACCAGCAUUGUAUGGGUUGGGUUCCCUGGCCAAGAAGGUGGAGCUGGUUUAGCGGAUGUCAUUUUUGGUCGUUAUAACCCAAGUGGAAGACUACCUAUGACAUGGUACCCUCGAUCUUAUACAAACAACGUAUCCAUGACCAACAUGAACAUGAGAGCAGACCCAUCAUCAGGUUACCCAGGUCGGAGUUACAGGUUCUAUAGUGGCGAUACUGUUUACCCAUUUGGCUUUGGGCUUAGCUAUUCAUUAUACGUUCACAAGCUCGUUAAAGCACCCAAACAAGUAUCAAUUGGAUUACACAAAGUUCAUAAUUGCUCAACUAAUUGCACGUCGAUCAAUAUAACCAAUGAUGUUUGUAACGGGUCAUCAUUUAAUGUUGAUCUUAUGGUAAGGAAUAUUGGAAAGAUGAGCGGAAGCCACACUGUCUUGCUAUUCUCCUACCCUCCGCAAGUGAUAAAGAAUUCACCUAAUAAACAGUUGUUGGAUUUCAAAAGAGUGCAAUUGGAUCCUUGGAAUGCAACUUCGGUUAGCUUUAACAUCGAUGCUUGCAAGCAAUUGAGCGUGGUCGAUGAAGAUGGUAGUAGAAAGCUUGCGUUAGGGCGCCAUGUUCUUCAAAUGGGAGACCUUAAGCAUUCGAUUAGACUUAAGGUUUAG